AUGUCGAGUCCUGAAGCGGCAAAGUUCGAAGUGGAUCUCGAUAGCGAUGCCACGGAACCUGGAGACCUCGCAGGUCCCUCUGUGGACUCUGCUCCAGACAGCGAAACCCAGGCCCCAAGUGAUGAUGCCGAGCUCGAUGCUGAUCAUGAACAAGAAGCCGAGACUGUUCACGAGCUCGAACAAGUAAACUCUGAAGAAGAGGAAGAGGGGCAGAACGACGACGACGUGGAGGACGACGAUGUGGAGGACGACGACGACGACGAUGAUGAUGACGCUCCCAGAAAGCGCCGAAGAAAGCUGCGCCGCAACCAGUUCUUGGAUGUUGAAGCCGAGGUCGACGAUGAGGAAGAAGAUCUUGAGGACGAUGAAGACGAGCUAGGUCGAGACGAUGGAUUCAUCCAGGAGCCUGAUGCCGAAGACCUGGAGGGCGCAGAAGAACCCAUCCAUCGUCAAGUCGAUCGCAGAAGAGAAACCGAAAUCACUGAAGAAGAGGCUGAGCGAUUGGCUGAUGAGUAUCGUGAAAAGUACGGCCGCAGUGCCGCCAACAAAUAUCGAGGAGACAGUGGUGUAGUUCCUCAGCGACUCCUACUUCCAUCAGUUCAUGAUCCGAGCAUUUUCGGAAUCAACUGCCGCAUUGGUAAAGAGAAAGAGGCUAUUCGUGCUCUGCUGCGCAAAAAAAUCAAUCUCCAGUACGGCCCCAACCCGCUGGAGAUCUUCUCCGCCUUCCAGCGUGACGCCUUCCCCGGCCGUAUCUACGUUGAAGCGCGAAACCAAAAGGCUGCCCUCCAAGCAUGCAAAGGUGUCGUGCACCUUUUCUCACAAUCAAAAAUUUUGUUGGUACCCAUCAAGGAGUAUCCUGAUCUUUUCCGCGUUCGUAAGUCACAAGAUACCGAGCUGGUUCCCGGAGCUUAUGUGCGAGUGAAGCGUGGCAAGUAUGCUGGCGAUCUGGCUGUUGUAGAGAACUUGAGUGAAAAUGGUCUCGAAGUCCAGCUCCGGCUCGUUCCUCGAUUGGAUUAUGGUCGAGCACCUAUUAUCGACACCGCUAGUGGCCAAUCCAAGCGUAAGCGAGCUACUGCCACAGAUCGCCCCCCUCAAAGGUUAUUCUCCGCCAGUGAUGCUGGCCAGUACGAUGCUAGAAACUUACAGCGCCGUGGACAGAACUCUUACGUCUAUGCAGCUGACACCUAUGAGAAUGGAUAUCUUAUCAAGGAUUUUAAGCUGACUUUGAUUUCAACUGAGGGAGUUAACCCAACACUUGAAGAGAUCACAAAGUUGACAAAUGCUAAAGAUGAGGGAAUUGAUCUGCAGUCUUUGUCGGAAUCUUUACGUCGUGACACGAAAACCCAGGCUUUCCAGCCGGGUGAAAUGGUCGAAGUUACCCAGGGUGAGCAGGCUGGUCUUCGUGGACGAGUAACUGAUUCAUCCGGUGACAUUGUAUCCAUUGUCGGUACAGAGGGAAAUGAGGGCGUCAAGGUAGCUGUUCCUUCUGGAUUAUUACGGAAAUACUUUGUGGUUGGCGAUCACGUCCGUGUCACCGCCGGUAAUUAUAAAGACGAUACUGGUCUGGUUGUGCAGCGAUCCAAGGACAAGGUCACCCUUUUGAGUGAUUUGUCUCAAACUGAGGUCACUGUUUUUGCCAAGGAUCUCAAGACAGCGAGUGAUAUCGGUGGUUCUAAUGUUAUUGGGCAGUACGCCCUUCACGAUCUGGUCCAACUCAAUGCCCAGACUGUUGGUUGUAUCGUCGACAUUGAACGUGAGCGUGUAAAAGUUCUAGCCCAGGAUGGGCAAAUUGUGGCAAUUACACCAAGUGCGAUUGUUGGCAAGAUCACCAGCGGCCGUGAAGUAGCUACCGACAAAGUCGGUCGUCAGAUCGAAGUGGGCGACAAGGUUCGCGAGGCAGGCGGUGAGCGCCGAGAAGGUACUAUUCUUCGUAUUUAUCACCAAUUCGCGUUCUUGCAGAAUCGCGAGUUGACUGAAAACUUGGGUAUUUUUGUUAACCGUGUCCACCAUUUAAUGACCGUGCAAACCAAGAACGCACGUGACGAACGCGGUUUGGAUUUAUCCAAAAUGAACCCGAAUGCAGCUGCGGGAGCACCCAUGUCGAUGGCACCCCCUCCUGCACGGUCGAAUUUCAACGCAAGGCGAAUUCUUGGCCAGAAAGUAGCCAUUGGCGCCGGGUCUAGUUACAAGGGUCUGAAAGGCACUGUUCGUGACGUCAACGACACGGCUGCGCAAAUCGAGUUGGAAGCUCGUAAUAAAAUUAUUACUGUGGAUGUUACCAAGCUGCUUUUCAAAAGCCAGAACGGUGGAGCACUUAUCCCUUUCCGCGACUACAUAUCGCGUCCAUCUGGUGGGCUGCGUACGUCUAUGCCUCCACCGCGGACUCCCCGCCAUGCUGCUGGCGCACAAACGCCAGCCUGGGCAAGCAACAACAACAACAACGGUGGCCGAACACCUGCUUGGGCCGGAAGCGGUGCUGGUGGUGGCCGUACUCCGGCGUGGGCUGGAAGUGGUGCCAGCGGUGGCCGCACCCCCGCUUGGGGUGGUGCUGGAAGUCAAACACCUGCCUGGAACUCUGGUUCGCGCACACCUGCUUGGAAUGCUUCAGGUGGACAAACUCCUGCCUGGAACUCCGGAUCAAGAACCCCGGCUUGGAAUGCUGGAUCCCGCACACCAGCUUGGAACGCUGAUGGUGGACGAACUCCUACAUGGAACGCCGAUGGCAGCCGCACACCCGCAUGGAACUCCAACGGGGGCACGACCCCUGGCGACAGCGGUCCUGGUUACUACUCUGCUGCUACGCCUGGAGUCGGUGGAUCAGGCGUUUACGAAAGUGGACCGACUCCUGGAGCGUCGGGACCUUAUGCUACGGGACGAACAAUGGGUGUUGUAGCGACACCGGCAGCCUGGGGCGAUGAUGGCGACGAUGAUGUGCCCAAAUACGAGCCUGAAAGUCCCUGA